UAUUUUUAUUUUCUCAAACCAGAGAGUGAAAAAAAAAUUUCUCUGGAAGCAAAGCAACUAUCAACUACGUUUACCUCAGAUCUAAAACCCCUCGUCUCAGAUCCACUAAAUUCACCAUGUCUUCUACUUUCAGCGGCGAUGAAACGGCUCCCUUCUUCGGCUUCCUCGGCGCCGCCGCCGCUCUCGUCUUCUCCUGUAUGGGAGCUGCAUAUGGGACGGCUAAGAGCGGUGUGGGUGUGGCUUCAAUGGGUGUGAUGAGGCCUGAGUUGGUGAUGAAAUCCAUUGUUCCAGUUGUUAUGGCUGGUGUUUUGGGUAUUUAUGGGUUGAUUAUUGCUGUUAUUAUUAGUACUGGCAUCAAUCCAAAGGCCAAAUCGUAUUAUCUUUUUGAUGGCUAUGCUCAUCUUUCCUCUGGUCUUGCUUGUGGACUUGCUGGGCUUUCAGCUGGAAUGGCAAUUGGAAUUGUUGGUGAUGCUGGUGUCAGAGCUAAUGCACAGCAGCCAAAACUUUUUGUUGGAAUGAUCCUGAUCCUCAUCUUUGCUGAAGCUUUGGCUCUUUACGGCCUUAUCGUGGGCAUCAUCUUGUCUUCUCGGGCCGGCCAAUCUAGAGCAGAGUAAGGCGCUGGUAGAGCUGUUUUAGUAGUAUUCUUUUAUUGCUUAUCGUGUUUAUUAUGAUUGGACGUCAAGUGGUGGGUUUGAUGAGCAGUGUCUCUUUCCUCUUUGUAGAAGUAGAAUUGAGUUCUCUCUCUAAUAAAUUGUAUGGUUAUUGUUUGAUAAGUGUAUUUGCAGUGUGUGGAACACUUUUAAUUUUGGAGAGAUAAUAUAUGUAUGUAUUUAAUCCAUAGCUUUUA